CCCCGACGCCCUCCGCUCCCUCUUCCGCGGCGCGAACCUCGCAACUCGGCUUGUGGUCCGGCUGCCCCGUCCCGCGACUCCCCGUCUGCACCCCGCCGGCGUCUCGGGGUCCUUGGCGCCGUCAUGGUCUCGCUUCUGUGCUGCGGGCCUAAGCUGGCCGCCUGCGGCAUAGUCCUCAGCGCCUGGGGCGUGAUCAUGCUGAUAAUGCUGGGGAUCUUCUUCAACGUCCAUUCCGCCGUGCUCAUUGAGGACGUUCCGUUCACGGAGGCAGACUUUGAGAAUGGACCCCAGAAAAUAUACAACCUGUAUGAGCAAGUGAGCUACAACUGUUUCAUCGCCGCGGGCCUGUACCUCCUCGCCGGCGGCUUCGCUUUCUGCCAACUCCGUCUCAAUAAGCGCAAAGAAUACAUGGUGCGCUAAGUCAAGUCGCCGCCUAAAAUCGUCAGAAUCCACCCCGACACCUCCACACUCGCCCCGCCCCCUUAUUUAAUUUAAUGACUGCCCAUCACUGCAAGCCCGCGCCCACUCCUCCGCCUGCCGAACGAAGGAUCAAAAGCCUCCAGUCUCCGGGAGUGGGGCCUGGUAGGACCCCAGACCAUCCAGGACCCUGCCUGUGUCUGUCCCGUGUCACAAUAAAGAGAACCCGAGUUCUGU